AACCUUUUUAACGACGUUGAAAAAUGGAAAUGCUCGACACAAGGUUGUACAUGUGUACCAAGUGUUUUCGAAGAUGUCUGUGGGACGAAUUGUCGGACAGGGAACACCGAUGCACUCGCUGUCGUCUGCAGCCCAAGAAAUGUUUAUAUUGCAGUAAAAUGUUCGAGCCGCUUGACGAAAACAAUGAUUACUGCAAACGAUGCACCUUCUACAUUCAGAGGCAUGAAGCCGUUCAGCCGCCUCCUAUUCCAAAUAAUCCUAAAGCUGCAGAUGGUGUUGAGCAAAACAGGGAGGGAUCCUCGAUCACACAGCGCUGGAGCGAGAUUAAGGCGGCCUCUGGCAUAGAGGACGACAGUUUCAGUGACUAAGCUGCGACACUUAAAAAUAACGUAAAUAUUUUCUUCAAGAAAAUAAAUAAAGAUAUAUGAGGGAACAUAAAAUGU